CUAUCACCACUCCUCCCUUUCCCGCUCGCACUAUUUCCCUCCCAUUCCUCUCCGUCAUACUCCAGCGUUUCUUUUUUUCUCUCUUGCUAAUUUUCAAAAAAGAAAAAUAGAGAGAGAAGGAAGGAGAGACUCUAGAGAAGAACAAAGAAGAAUGGCCAAGGACGAGGAGGAAUUCAGGGGAGAGAUGGAGGAACGAUUAAUCAACGAGGAAUACAAGAUAUGGAAGAAGAACACCCCAUUUCUAUACGAUCUGGUCAUAACACACGCUCUAGAAUGGCCUUCUCUUACGGUACAAUGGCUCCCUGAUCGGGAGGAGCCGCCAGGGAAGGACUACUCGGUGCAAAAGAUGAUUUUGGGGACUCACACUUCGGAGAACGAGCCCAACUACUUGAUGCUGGCUCAGGUCCAGCUUCCCUUGGAGGAUGCCGAGAACGAUGCCCGACAGUACGAAGACGAACGCGGGGAGAUCGGGGGCUUUGGAUGUGCUAAUGGGAAGGUACAAAUAAUCCAGCAAAUAAAUCAUGAUGGAGAGGUGAACCGUGCUCGUUAUAUGCCUCAAAACCCAUUUAUUAUUGCAACAAAGACUGUUAGUGCAGAGGUCUAUGUUUUUGAUUAUAGCAAACACCCAUCUAAGCCCCCCUUAGAUGGUGCAUGCAAUCCUGACUUGAGAUUGAGGGGCCACAACACCGAAGGAUAUGGUUUGUCUUGGAGUCUGUUCAAGCAGGGCCAUCUUUUGAGCGGCUCUGAUGAUGCUCAGAUAUGCUUGUGGGACAUCAAUGCAACUCCUAAGAACAAGGCUAUUGAGGCUCAGCAAAUUUUCAAGGUCCAUGAAGGUGUUGUGGAAGAUGUUGCAUGGCAUCUGAGGCAUGAAUAUUUGUUUGGUUCAGUUGGAGAUGAUCACUAUCUUCUUAUUUGGGAUUUACGUUCACCAUCAAGCAACAAACCAAUCCAGUCUGUUGUUGCUCAUCAAGGUGAGGUUAAUUGCUUAGCAUUCAAUCCUUUUAAUGAGUGGGUUGUUGCAACGGGUUCGACUGAUAAAACUGUUAAGCUAUUUGACCUCCGCAAGAUCAAUACAGCACUGCACACAUUUGAUUGUCACAAGGAGGAGGUUUUCCAAGUUGGAUGGAAUCCAAAGAAUGAGACUAUAUUGGCUUCAUGCUGUCUUGGCAGAAGGCUUAUGGUGUGGGAUCUGAGCAGGAUUGAUGAAGAGCAGACCCCAGAGGAUGCAGAAGAUGGUCCCCCGGAGCUACUCUUCAUUCAUGGAGGGCACACAAGCAAAAUAUCAGAUUUCUCGUGGAAUCCCUGUGAAGAUUGGGUUAUUGCAAGCGUUGCCGAAGAUAACAUUCUUCAAAUCUGGCAGAUGGCAGAGAACAUCUAUCAUGAUGAAGAUGAUCUACCAGGUGAGGAAUCUGCCAAGGCUUCCUAGUCUUUCAUCUCCCAGUUCCUUGGGGCCUGCCAACAAAGAAAUAGAGUUGACAGUGAAGAUGUAAAACUCUAAUUGUUCUGUUUUAGAUAUUGUGACUAGAGAAUUCAUCUGUAGUAUGGUAUACCUACUUCAGCAUAUGCUGCCUUCUCUGCAGAAUUUAGUUUCUUAUUUAUGUAUUUGUUUCCAAUGUAGUUUUAGAGUUGAUACUAAGCCUCCUUUGUAGCCUUGCACCACUCACAUUAUAGUAGUUGGAGAGAUUGAGCUUGAA